AUGUCUCGUUGGUUUUUUUUAGAGAGUUUAUUAGAAGAAGCACAUUCCAUAGAUAUGUAUGAUAGUCGUCGUCAAGCUUGUGAAAUUCGUAGAUUUCAAGUAGUUAACAGUCACAAAGACUUUGUUGAAAAUUAUCGAUUGUCUGAGGAGUUGAUAGAUAAUGUGUUACAAGACAUCAUACAUCUUAUGAAAAAUCCUCGCCGGCGAGGUCGCGGAUUGUCUAUUAAAAUAAAGUUAUUAUGUGCCCUUUCAUUCUUGGCUAGCGGUAGCUAUCAGAGAAUUUGUGGAAAAAAUGUGAACACUUAUGUAUCACAACCAUCUGUCUCCCGAUGUGUUCGCGAGGUAGUUGACGCCCUAAAUCACCCUAGUGUUGUAAGGAAAUAUAUACGGUUUCCACAGAAUUCCAUGGAGAGGCUCAAACUAAAGGAAAGAUUCUUCGAGAAAUACAAAAUUCCUGGGGUGAUAGGAUGUGUUGAUGGUACCUAUGUCACCAUGGUUAGGCCAUCAGAAAAUGAAGAGCGAUAUUACUGCCGUAAAGGAAAUCAUGCAAGAAAUAUUCAAUUAAUUACUGAUGCGGACUUAAAUAUAUUGCAUGUUGAUGCUAUCUAUGGGGGAGCAACACAUGAUAGCUUCAUUUUUAAUCAUAGCAUCAUACGGAACCAUCUUGAGGACUUAGUGAAUGCUGGUGAAACUGUACAUUUGCUAGGAGAUUCUGGGUAUGCACAACGAGCAUACUUGAUGGUACCGGUGCCUAAUGUAGAAGAAGGUACACCUGCUGCACACUACAACAAACUUCAUGCCACAGCGCGUAAUACCGUGGAGAGAGCUAUAGGCAGGCUAAAGGAGAGGUUUAGAUGUCUUCUGGUACACAGAGUACUACAUUACCACCCUGAUGUGGUUGCAAAAAUUGUAGUGGCAUGUUGUGUAUUACACAACAUUUGUAAUCGCGCAGGGUUACCGGCUCCUGCUUUGCACGACUACGAUAAUGAAGAGGAGUUACGUUUCCACACAGUCAUUCAUACACAAGCUGGGGCUAGAAAUGAAACAAUAUCUCAAGAGGCUGUAAUAGGACAGUCUAGUCGACAAGAACUAAUUAAUAUGCUAUGGCGAGCACGAUUACAUGCAUUGGAUUAA